CAAAGCAUCCUCACGAGUCACGUCUGCUCUCAAGAGAAAAGACACAAUUCCACCGAAUUGUGAACAGUAUUCGUGGCUCUUCUUCCCCCUUCUAUAAUUUUUUUUUUCUCCCUUUUUGGUGAAUAUUUACGUUUUCUGUGAACAAUCAUCGUGGUUUGCGAUCGCCUACCGAUUCUCCUUUUGUGGAAAUCAAUGGCUGAAGCGGAGCGAUUGGGAGGUGGAAUCGUCCUGAGUUUUCCGGCGUACGAGGAGGACGCGUCGGUUAAUUCUUCGCCUAAGACUCUUCCCCGGCGUCUACGUCGCCGUCUCCUCGAGCCGAAGAGCUCCGUCUCCGCGAAGGACAUCGAUGCGAAACUCCGAGAUGCUGAUCUCCGGCGCCAGCAAUACUACGAGUCACUCUCAAGUAAGGCUCGGCCUAAGACGAAAAGCCCGACGAGGGCACCAGUGGAGGAUCUCAGUCAGCGACUCGAAGCCAAGCUUAGUGCUGCUGAGCAGAAAAGGUUAAGCAUUCUCGAGAAAGAGUUGGCUCGUCUGGCUAAGCUGGACGAGAUAAGGCAAGCCGCUAAAAUGGAACUUGAGCAACGUUUCAAGAAGGAGCGUGACGAGCUCGAGACAAGGGUCGAAGCACGUGUCCAAAAGGCGGCUAGGAAUAGGAUGCUUCGUCUGAAAGCCGUUGCCCAGCAAAGGGCAGCGAGGAGACAACGUGUGGCUCAGAGCUUGAUGCAGAAAGCGAUCAAGGAGAGCAGGUACAAGGAGCGUGUACGGGCAGCUAUCCAUCAGAAAAGAGUAGCUGCUGAGAGGAAGAGGUUGGGAUUGCUGGAGGCAGAAAGGAGAAACCGGUUGGGAUAUCUUGAAGCGGUUGGACUAUACCGAGUGUGUGCCAUUGCUGAUUCCAUUCUCAAUCAAAGGGAAAUGGAACGGAGGAAGAUGAAAGAUCGUCUUGAAGAUCGACUUCAGAAGGCCAAUAAGCUAAGGGCUCAAUAUUUGAGGCAAAGGAGAGGACUUGCUAGCUGUCUGCAUCAGCCGUCAAAGAUCUUGCUGAAGAAACAGGAGCGUCUUGCUAGAAUGGUGGAAAGAUGCUGGAGAAGAUUUACAAAAUACAAGAAAUCUACCCUCAUGUUGGCCAGAUCUUAUCGCAGCCUGGGAAUUGAUGAAAAAACUGUUGAAGCAAUGCCAUUUGAGUUGCUUGCUCUUCAACUCAACUCAAUUGAAGUAAUCCGGACAAUGAGAGCAUUGCUUGAGCGCUUGGAAAUGCGUUUUACUCUUUCACAGGGAUCAUCCAUGGAAAACAUCAAUAACCUUCUUAAGCACUUUGCUUCCCCGACUUCAAGAGGGAACUCACCCAAUGCCGUGAGUAAAAGUCAGCAAACAUCGGUCAAGCCCAGGAACAAAGGAUCUCAAAAACCUAAGAAGAUUGUGAGAUACCCGGCAAGAGUUCUUCUAUGUGCUUACAUGAUCAGGCGACACCCAGAUGCAGUUUUCAGGGGAAGAGGUGAGAACGAGAUUGUGUUAGCUGAAUCUGCAGCUGAUCUUAUUCGGGAGUUUGAGUUGUUGAUGAAGACUAUAUUGGACAGACCUGCAACUAUCCGACAGGACAGCACAUCUUCGGUUGCUCCUUGUCCAAAGAAUUUUAGAUCUCAGCUAGGAGCUUUUGAUGAAGCAUGGUGCUCCUACCUGCGUAGAUUUGUAGUUUGGAAAGUUCAUGAUGCUAAGCUUUUAGAGGAGGAUUUAGCCAGAACUCGCGAACCAGAGCAGCCUAUUGUGAAGAAACCCGGCCUUUCUCCAAAAGCCAGGGAGAAUGUUAUGGACCGUGAUAUGGAUGCAACCCAGAAGCAGAUCGGUGAUGAACACAAGCUCACUGGGCGGGACAUCAAUCCUGUUAUUGGCACGAACCCAUCUUCUCCGAAAUCUGAAAAUGCUAAAACUAAUGGACCAAGAGAAUCAUUGGCCUCAUCCUCAUUUUCGCCUGGCUCUUCAUCUCUUAACUCGGGCAAUGAAGGUGGUUCCAAUCCAGACAGGGCGGCUAAUAGCUUUGAUGCAGCAUUGGGUAGUGAGAACGAACAUAUUGUAAAUGAAAUCAUCCAUGACAAUAGCAGCAGUAUCGUUGAUAGCUUAAACCCUAACAAGGAGGAUAUGAGUGAUAUUCAGGUAAAAGUUAAGGAGACAAUGGAAAAGGCUUUCUGGGACAGUGUUAUGGAUUCUUUGAAACAGGCUCAGCCUGAUUUUAGUUGGGUUCUUAAACUUAUGAAAGAGGUCAGAGAUGAACUUUGUGAGAUAUCUCCUAAGGAUUUGAGACAAGAGGUUGUUCAAACUAUUGAUACCAAUGUCCUCUCACAGUUGCUGGGUUCGGGAAACGUCAACGUGGAUUAUCUCGGGAAUAUUCUGGAGUUUGCCCUUGACACUUUGCGGAAACUUUCUGCUCCAGUGGAUGAGGAAGAGAUCAGAACCACCCACGGUAAAUUAAUGAAAGAACUAAGAGAAAUGGCCGAGUCUAAAAGCCAGUCGAGUUCUUCAUUCGCAGUCUUAGUGGUUAAGGGCUUACGCUUUGUUCUGCAACGGAUUCAGGUCUUGAAGAAGGAUAUAAGCAAAGCUCGUCUGAAAACCUUGGAGCCACUUCUAAAGGGACCAGCUGGUCUGGAAUAUCUGAAAAAGGCAUUCUCCAAUUGGCAUGGUUCUCCAGAUCAAGCUUCCUCUUCCCUUCCCUUGACAAAGAAUUGGCUGAUAUCUCUACGAGGAGAGGCGGAGAACGAGUGGAAAGAGCACACUGAUUUUCUUUCUGCUCUUGAAAGCAGCCAUCCCGGAUCUUCCCGCUCCCAGGGCCUCCCUCCCACCACUAUGCGGACUGGGAGCAGCCUCUCUGCUGGAUCUCGGGUCAACUCCCCGAUACCAUCUGCAUUCUCAGGAAUCGAACUGUCGGAGUGCAAGGGAGAAACUGUGGAUCUUCUCAUUAGGCUCGGUCUCGUGAAGUUAGUGAGGGAAAUAAGUGGACUGACUUUAGAAACUCUCCCUGAGACACUGCAACUCAAUCUCUCCAGGCUGAGAGCUAUUCAGUCCCAUAUCCAGAAAAUUAUUGUCGUCUCGAUCAGCGUUUUGAUUCUUCAGCAAACCCUCGUAAGCGAGAACUCGGUCACUAACCCGGGAGACAUGGAAAUCGUUGUAUCCCGAUGCGUUCAUCGGUUUUAUCAGAUGUUAGACACCAAACCUGAUGCGGGUCUCGCAGAAAUCACUGAAACAGUCUGCCAUUUUCUCGAUGGAACCAAACCCUGUGACGAUGAUGAUGCAGAGAAGCUCGAGGCGAGGAAGCGAGUAGUGGCAAGCAUGCUGGUGAGAAGCUUACAAGCCAGAGACCCUAUAUUCUCACGAGUGGCUCAGACCGUACACACAGCCAUAAGAGCCGCCGUUCUAUCUGGAGAUAACCCAACGAGGAAGAAGGCGGUGGAAGUAACGCUCCGACGAAUCGGAGUGACCCAUCUCUCGGACAAGGUGAUUGAAGUUGCAGACUCUCUGGCUGUCGUGGCGACAGUGACACGUGGCGUCCAUGGAUCUUGGUACGAAGAACUGAUGAAGGAGAAGAACAAGACGCCGAACUGAAGGACUCUGUAUAGAAGACACUACACUAAGGUAUGGUUGGUUAUUUGUUGUCCGUACGAAAAGAUGGUGCGUUUGUAAGUAUGUGACGCGUAAAAACUUUAGUAUAUUAACGAUUUCGGACAUAGACAUAGCUUCUGUCAUAUGUAAUUAAUUAAUUAAUUAAUAAUCAUACAUAUAUAAGUGUUGGGAGCGAAUAAUGUGUCCCCUCCUAACCGGAAUCUCCGGUUUUAUGUACC